AUGUGGUAUUCAGUGAUACUCCUAGCGGCACUAUUCGUAUUUACACGGGGAAUCAACAGUUCGGCAGUCAAGGUUGUCCGGCUCAGCGUCGAUGGCCGCACCGAUGUCGCUUUAGGUCUUGGAAAUCCGCGUCCUACUCUUGCCUGGCAGAUGAUUCAAGUCCGAGACUGCGACGAGCCUGUAUGCCCGGGCGACCGACAGUCCGCUUACCGAGUCCAGGCGGCUACGACUCUCGAAGACCUAAGAUCGGGCCGGCUAGUCUGGGACAGUGGGAAAGUCGACAGUAACUCCCAGCAGGUACGCUUCGGCCGUGAUCUCAACUCACGCGACACUGUUGUCUGGCAUGUGCGGGUGUGGGAUGCCAAUGGCACCCCUUCCGGUUGGUCGCCGCCUUCAACUUGGACCACAGGCCUGCUUAACCAGUCAGACUGGGGCGAAGCGCGUUGGAUCAACCAUCCCACACGCACGGAAACCCAGCCGCUGCCACUGUUCGUUCGCCAUUUUAAUAUUUCCCAGAGCAAGAAGGUUGCUUAUGCGCGCUUCUAUUUGUCCGGCGUCGGCAUGCACCACGCUACGGUCAACGGAGAGGACGUCACUGAUGAGGUCCUUGCACCGGGUUAUUCCAACUACCAACUCUCCAGCGAAUAUCGUACGUACGAUGUCAAGAAAGCUCUGAAGCCGGGGGCAAACUCUAUUGGUGUAAGUUUGGGCAAUGGGCCUGCCUACAUUCGUCGGAGCGUCACCAAUGCAGCCGUUGGGCGCAACGCACCCUAUGCUUGGUGGGAGAGUCAGCUCAAGGGCAAUGGAACUCUCAUUACCAACGCAGAGGCCGGCAGUACAACUGUUCAUCUCAACAAUGUCACUAGAUACCAUUUAGGAGGCACUAUCAAUAUUGAUACCGGCGAUGGCGGCGAGGCUCUUGAAUCGCGCACCAUCACGGUAAUUGACAAUAGCACCAACACCAUCAGCUUCACGCCUGGACUCACUCUGGCACACAAAUCUGGGGUUAUCAUCACCGGCUCAGGCAACAACAUUGCUGCAAGCGAUCCAUCAGCUGGCGCUGCUGUCACCCCGCGCCUUAUCGGCCGUCUGGAGAUCGUUUACACUGAUGGUAGCACAGAUGUCAUUGUCACCGACCGUUCCUGGCGCACCACGCUCGGCCCUUUGGUGACCAACCAAUGGUACUCGGGCUCGGACUAUGAUGCUCGCCGCGAGCAAGCCGACUGGGAUUCUCCCGGCGUCUACCUGGCAUUGACAACUUGGAUUGCUGCUGGGUUUGCUCCACCACCCAACCUUGCCACAAAGUUGGUUGCUCGCGCCGCUGAGCCUGUCAAGAUGCAGGAGACAUUCAAGGCAAUAUCUGUCACGAAUCCGGUCGCGAGCACAUGGGUCUUUGAGUUUGCACAGAACUUUGCAGGCUGGCCCCUUCUCAAACUCCCCGAGCUGCCCCCUGGCGUUACUAUUAAGAUGGCCCCUGCCGAGUCCCUCAAUGCUAACGGCACCGUUGACCAGUCAUCUCUUGGCCCCGGAUCCCGUGGUACUGACUUGUUCAACACCUACACCACGUCGGGGCGCCCUGGUGGCGAGACUUGGUCUCCUAAGUUCAACUACUUCGGCAUGCAGUGGGUACAGGUCACCGGCCUCCCGGCCGGGUUCAAGCCGGACGCGGACCUGAUCACCGGUAUACGUCUACAAGUCGACGCUCCAGUUGCGAGUACUUUCUCUUCGUCCAACGCACGUGUUAACAGAGUCCACAAAAUGGCGUGGUACUCAUUUGCUAGCAAUAUGAUGUCGGUCUUCACAGACUGUCCUGGGCGCGAGAAACUGUCGUAUCCAGCUGACUACACUAUGCCCAUGGGUGCUAUCUAUCGCAAUUUCAACAUCAACGCCUUUCUACGCACAAUCAUACACCACUUGGUAGAGGCCCAGUCUAUUGCGGACACCCCGAUGGCUGGCAAUGUUGCCCUCAAAGCACCUGUCUACGAUUGGGGGUAUAGUGGCCGCUUCGGCGACGAGAUCAACUGGGGCGACGCCAUCGUUCUAGUUCCUUCCCUGCUUCAUGAUUUAUACCGUGAUACGACGGUUAUGGCAGCCUAUUACAACCAGAUGACUGACUUUGUCGAUUACAUCCAGCGCGAAAAGGCCCAAGGACACAUUGUCGACGCAGCCCUCGCAGACUGGGUGGAUGACAACGGUGAGACCUCGGGUCGCAUUACUGGUACUUGGGGCUACUACCUCACCAUCAGUGCCAUGGCUCGUAUGGCCAAUCUGACCAGCCACGCAGCCGAUGCUGAGCGUUACGCGAGUCUAGCUGCCGAGAUCCGUGACGCGUUCCACGCCGCCUUUUACAAUGAUGCUAGUGGUCGCUACACGAACUCUGGCAACAAUAGCACCAGUAAUGCUACCCAGGCCGCCCAGGCCCUUGCCCUAGAUGCCGGCCUUGUACCUGGUGAGCAUCGGGAAUCGGUACUCAACGCCCUAGUUGAGCUAGUCAAUGACUAUCAUUCAAGCAACAGCAGUGGGCCACAUUUCAGCGGAGGUACGAUCGGGCUAGGACCGAUUGUCCGCGCGCUGUCAGCAGGCAACCGGGAUGAUUUACUCUGGAGUGCAUUACAGCAAGACGACAAACCUAGUUACGGCUACUUCAUGGCUUCAACAGUGGCCAAUCCGAACGGGUUCACCACCAUUGGUGAAUCGUGGGAUCGUGGCUCAUCCAAGAACCACAUGAUUCUAGCCCAGAUCGACGAAUGGUUCCAUGCUGGCAUUGCAGGCAUCCGGCCCAACUCCCUCACCACUCUUAGCCAGACUUGGGAAGAUCAACUCGUGUUCCACCCUAAGCCGGUUGGUGACCUCGAGAAUGCUGCAGCAUCCUAUCAAACACAGCACGGGGAGGCGCGUAGUGAAUGGAGAAUCACGACUGAUGGUGCUUUCACAUUAUCUGUUACGGUACCCGCUAACACAAACGCCGAGGUACGCGUACCUGGCCAAAAUGCUGUUAAAGUCUCUCCCCGUGCCAAGCGUGCUGGCACCGGACAGGGAUAUACCAUCUACACUGUCCCCUCCGGCAUGCAUACAUUCAAUACUACAAUUUUGGAGUAG